GCUUCUCCGGGGAGGAGCAUGUUAGUCUGCGGCCAGCGGAGUGCACACUCGGGUGGGCGGAUCGUAGCGGUGACAGCGACGCUCGGAGACUCCCGACAAACUGUCAAAAAGCAGACAACUAAACGCCAUGGCAGAGUUGGACCUGAAUCUGAGCGAUGCACUGACCGACAGCGUUCCCCAGCCGGGCCCGGAGAGCCUGGUGGAGAGGGACUUUGUGGCUCAGCUGGAGGCGGAGGCCUUCGAUGAUAAGGUCGGAGAGACGGUGGGAAAGACAGACUACAUCCCCCUCCUAGACAACGAUGACACCAGGGCAGACACUGGUACUGCGUUGGAGAAUGGCGAGCAGGAAGCUCAUGGGGUGCAAAAGCCUGGUUGUAAAGUGACCGCGGGGGGACAGACAUCAGCGUCGCGCCCAGAGCCGCAGGGAGAGGUGUGGCCACGCUCACUUGACCAACAGCAGGCCUUGGCUACAGACUUCUUAUCAGCCUCCAUGGCAGGUUAUUCAGACCCUCUGGGCACUCAGACAGGCCCUGCCCAAUUGAUGGAUACUGGCCGGAUGGGAGCUUUUUCAGGUUUCUCCCAGCCAGGUGGAAUGGGAGUCAACGUGGAGGUGGGGGCUGCACCCAUCUCAGCAGAGAGAAUGCCAAGUAUAGGCGAACCCCAGCACCCUACACCCCCAGUUGGGUCAGAAGCCCCGAAAGAGCAUGUCCCCAUGCAGCCUGAACCCCAGGCUCCUCGCAGCCCUGCGGAUCUGUCAGCAGGUGCCUUAGGCGGCUGCUGGCCAAACCAGGCUGGCUAUCUACCGACAGACCUACCUUUCUCCCCCAGUGUCUCCUCUGUGAUCAGUCGUCAUGCCAGCCAUCUCUCAAUGAGCCCCGAUGACCCACCCGACAGUUGGCCUAGCCGAGAAAGCACCGCUUAUGCUGGAGGCGAUGAAAGGGACGGAGAUGGAUCAGAUCGAAAGCAGAAGAAGAAGAAGAAAAGGCGACAGAAAGAGGAGGGAUCAUCUGAACACCUUGAGAGCAGGGGUUACCUUGAGGUGCAAGCACAAGGAGAAAACACUCCCUCAACAGAAGAGUUUUACCACAGAAUUGGCCCAAGGAGGGAUAGAGUAGAGGGUGGCUGGGAGGAUCAGCUUGGGAAGAGUGGAGGCCGAGGGAAGAAGAGUAAGAGUAGAAAGAAACUUCCAGAGGAGUGGGCAGUGAUGGCAGAACCAUUUGUCCCUGCAUCUGCAGCGACCUCUCAAAUCACAGAGGAAGUGAUGCUGGAUCUAGGUAGUUCUGUUCAGGCAAACCUGGAGGCCUCGUUUGCAGACAUGGACACCAGCCAGAACCCCUGGAAAAAGGAGGAUUACCCCGAAGAAGGCCUGGUCCCUUCCCCUUUGUCCCAGGACCUAUUUUCUUCAACAACUACUCCCAUCAACCCACUGGUCCUGAACAGUGAGCUGAAUGCCACAGCUGCUCCGUUCACCAUGCCCUCCACCGGCAACAGUGCAACAUUUGGCUCUUUCCCCAUGGGUUCUCGCCCUAGUGAUCCAUUUGACCUCCUGAUAGAUACAGAAAAUGCCAGUUUGGGUAGUAGCAGCCAGGCUUUUUCAUCACCUUUCCCUCCAGUGAAUGAAGGUGGCGACAUGGUUGACAGUGGCAUCAACACAAGUUCUCUCCAAGAGUCUUGUGUUCAAGGCAUGCCUGAGGGAGACACCUCAGCUUUCAGUCCAGCCUCCCAGACAAGCUCAGACCUCUCCCCCAAACGCGAAGUCUUAGCAUCAGCCCCACCUCUCUCACCCUCAGAUGCUUCAUGGCUAAUGAAUGACUCCCACAUGAGCAGCAAUAGUGAGCUAUUUGACUUCAGUGACAUGAGCACCUCAGGUCACCCAUUACCCUUAGGGCUGUCCUUUGACACCCCUAGCCCAGCCCCUCUUCGCUCUCCCAAAACCACAGCGCAGGAGUUCCAACCCAAAGAGCACAAAGAUGCCAAAUCAGCUCAGAAGCAAUCUAAGAAGUCUCGUUCUUCAUCUUCCUCCACCUCUGUAAAGAGUCCCACCUCGCCAGAGGAAAAGAAGUUCCCUCCACAAGCAUCCCCUGUCAUGAGCCCCUCCUCCCCUUCAGUCACACCUCUGGCAGUUCCAGGAUCUGGUCUUAACCCUUCAGCUAAGCCCUUUUUUCCAAGCUUUGCUGAUUCCGUGGAAGAAGCAGCCGUGGUCCCUCCAGUUUUCCCCAUCAUAGAAGUAAAAUCAGACAUGAUGGAGAAGUCGGACAAGAAAGAGGAGAAGCUGGAGGACAAUAUAAAGAAGGUGGAGCUGUGUGAGCCUCUGGAUCAGCCUAAGGAUGAACAGAAGAGCGUGAAGGUUGAAUUCACAAGCAGUGAGACUCCAGCCAAGUUGGAGGAAAAACAGAAUGAGACACAGAAAGAGGAGAAAAAGGCAGAAAUGGUGGAAGACAAGGAGAAAGAGGAGGUGAAUGUUAAAGAAGAGAAAGAGGCAGAUAAAGUGAAGGAGAAAGAGGCAGAAAAAGUGAAGGAGAAAGAGAAAGAGCCAGAAAAAGUGAAGGAGAAAGAGGCAGAAAAAGUGAAGGAGAAAGAAAAAGAGGCAGAAAAAGCUGAAGAAAAGGAAGAGACAGAAAAGGCAGAAGAAAAAGACAAAGAGACAGAGAAAGUGGAGUCACUGCAGCAGAAGGCAGAAAAAGAGGAUAAAAUGAACAAGGAGGAAGAAUUACGAGAUGAACUGGUGAAGACAGAACAAGUGGACAAGACAGAGAAAGCAGAACAAGUGGAGGUAACUGAAAAAGUAGAGAGCAAAAUAGAGAAAGCAGAGAACGUGGAAAAAAUAGACAAAAAUGAUAAGUUUGAAGUGGAAGAAAAAACAGAGAACAAAAGCAGUGAGAAGCUUGAGAAAACUGAGGUGAAGGAUAGCAAAGAGCAGCACACUGACAAUGUGGAAAAGACCCCAGAAAAAGAGUCGCCGCCUGCCAUGCUUGAUAUCAGCUUUGAAAAACCGGAGAAGAAGCCUGACACAGAGACGAAGGCGACAGCAGAGGUGGAAGAAACCAAAAAAGAAGAUGCUGAGAAGCUGGAGAAAGAAGACGAGAAGCCAUCUGAGAAGCCUUCUGAGAAGCCGGUGGAAAAACCAGCAAAGAGUGAAAAGGAAGAGAAGCAGGACAAAACGCAGGCCGACAAAAAGGUUGUGGAGAAAAAGGAUGACAAGAAGGACAAGGCUGCGAAAGCUGACGGAGGAGACAAGGCCAAAAAAGCAAAACCUGCGACCAACGGAAGCAGUGCCACACCAAGCAAAGAGCUGGGAAGUGCAGACAAGAAGACCAAGCCUGCUGCCGGCGCGAGCAAACCGACAGCUGUUGCGAAAACCGCUGGUGGUUCAGUCCUUGCUAAGCGCCCCACUCCCUCCACCACCACCUCCACCUCCACCUCCACCUCAGACAAAAAAACAACCACAGCCAAGGCGCCAUCCACAUCCGCUGCCGGUCCAAAGCGGCCCUCCACCUCAUCCGGUAGCCGCCCCGCAUCCACAGCCACCACCACUGCACGUGAUCUCAAACCCAAGACGACUGCGGAGAAGCGCCCCCUUGUGCCAAAGGCCAGCACUGCCACCUCAAAUCAAACAGCCUCCUCCACUGCCACCAAAAAUGGAACUGCUACCACAGCAGCCAGUAAAACCACUACAUCAGUGCGCGCAACGGCGUCUACUCGCACCAGUACUUCCGCUGCAGCCAAAAAGCCUCUGGCCUCGAAGACGGACAGCAAACCAGGAGAGGAGAAGAAGCCCGGCACUCUGAGGACUUCUGCAGCUGAGUCUACCAAACCCAAGACAAACACCACCACCACCACCACUCGCAGCUCUGCUUCUACCACUGCUUCAUCUCGAACUCGAACCACAGCAGCCAAGCCGGCCACACCAUCCUCCACCACUGGCACUGUACCAGAGAAGAAGCCCCCAGUGCCCCGUGCAGCACGGGUCACUUCCUCAACCACCACCACCUCUAGGACCACAGCUCGACCCGCAACAGCACCGGCACCCGACAUCCGUAAUGCCCGCUCUAAGAUCGGCUCUACAGACAACAUGAAGCACCAGCCUGGAGGAGGGAAGGUGUCAUCCGCCCCUCAGAGCAGGGCCCUCGCCUCCAAAGAAACGAGCCAGGGCAAAGUUCAGAUAGUCUCCAAAAAGGUGGACUUCAGCCACGUCACCUCACGCUUGGGCUCCAAGGACAAUAUGAAGCAUGUUCCUGGUGGAGGGAAUGUGCAGAUACUCAACAAGAAGGUGGAUCUAAGUAAGGUGACGUCAAAGUGCGGCUCCAAGGACAACAUCAAGCACAAGCCUGGCGGUGGCGACGUGAAGAUUGAGUCCCACAAAGUGAGCUUUAGGGAAAAGGCUCAUUCCAAAGUGGGCUCCAUGGACAAUGUGAGCCAUUCACCUGGUGGAGGAAAUGUCAAGGCUGAGGGGGCCCAGGAGACAACAGAGGGGAAUGGGACUCCCCUGAGUGGCAGCACGGCCCCAGCCCCAGGCUCUGAGCCGGGGCAGGCAGGGAGCCCCGCUGCCCAGGAGAAUGGGCUGAAGGAGGGGGCUCCCUGUGAUAGCGAGGGCCUCCGGGAGCCCCAGGCUUUGGACUCAUGCAUCCCAGAGACAAAUUGAGUCUUUCAAGCUCAACUUCCGCGAGAAUGCUCGCUCUCGCACGGACCACGGCGCCGACAUCAUUACCUGGCCAGCCCCCCAGGACAACAACAGUCCCCACCCACAUGGUUUCGCCUAUCCUCUACACCAAAACCACCACUGCCCCAACCACCCGACUCCUCGCAGUGUCU